CGGGCAGCUCGCGAGAACUGCUGAGCUGUGCUGGUAACUGUCCUACACCCUGGGUCUGGGUCUAGAAAGGGCAGACUCACUCCCCUCUGGGAGGAGGGAGGAAGUGGCCGCCGGACCCAGGCCUGGCAGGGAGGUGGUGUAGGGCCACUGCUCGCCACAGGAGAUUUGGGUGGCCCCGUUGACCACUGUGAGCUCACACAUCACCCUGAGGUGACUGCGGCGUAACAUCAAGCUGGGUUUAGUCUGGGUUUGAAUUUGAAAGACUGGAAAGGAGACCCAAAGACCGUUAUCAGUUGCUAAAGGGGACACAGGAUGUACAACUACCUCCUCUGGUAAGGGUCACCCCAGUACUGUGUCUAUUGGAGCAUACUUCAGUCUCUGCUGGUGAAGAUGUAGGUGAAAGUUAAGUUUCCUGAUAAAAGUAGGUUUCUGAAUUGGUAAGUCUUCUCAUCAGAAAAUUUAGGACAGGAAAUGGCUCAAAGAAUGUCAAGAUAAAACAGUAGCAGUCAACUCUAUGACUGUUAAGGACUAUCAACAUUUGACCCAGGUUGUCUGAAAUGAAAUAAGAAAACAGCACUCAAAGUUCUUUAGAAAAUCAGGUUUAGCAUCCCCAUAUGACAUCAUAGUCAUUGAAAAGAUUAAAAGAAAGAAGCCAGUCCCAGAUUUAACUGUCUCUGUAUUUUGGACAGUUAUUAGAUAAAUUGUUUCAUCUGUCCUUAAGAAGCAAGAACUACCCUUUGCUGAGCAGAACCCAGAAAAUCUGCUUCAAUAACUAUAUUUCUCAGUGAGUACGACUGGAGGGCCAUGGCAUUCACUAAUUACAGCAGUCUUAACCGGGCUCAACUAACCUUUGAGUAUCUACACACAAAUUCAACCACUCACGAAUUUUUGUUUGGUGCUCUUGCUGAACUGGUUGACAAUGCAAGAGAUGCUGCUGCCACCCGAAUAGAUAUUUAUGCUGAAAGGCGAGAGGACUUUCGAGGAGGAUUCAUGCUUUGUUUUCUUGAUAAUGGAGUGGGAAUGGACCCAAAUGAUGCCAUCAGUGUGAUCCAAUUUGGGAAAUCAGGCAAACGAUCACCCGAGUCCACACAGAUCGGGCGGUAUGGGAAUGGGCUCAAAUCAGGCGCAAUGCGUAUUGGGAAGGAUUUCAUCCUAUUCACCAAGAAGGAAGACACCAUGAGCUGCCUCUUUCUGUCUCGAACCUUUCAUGAGGAAGAAGGCAUUGAUGAAGUGAUAGUCCCAUUGCCUACUUGGGAUACGCAGACCCGAGAGCCUGUCACAGACAAUGUGGAGAAGUUUGCCAUAGAGACAGAGCUCAUCUACAAAUAUUCUCCCUUCCACACUGAGGGAGAAGUGAUGGCCCAGUUCACAAAGAUUUCUGGGAAUAGUGGAACCCUGGUGAUCAUUUUUAAUCUCAAACUCAUGGAUAAUGGAGAGCCUGAGCUAGACGUAGCUUCAAAUCCAAAAGAUAUCCAGAUGGCAGAGCUGUCCCAAGAAGGCAUGAAGCCAGAGCAGUACUCCUUCUGUGCCUAUGUUGCUAUGCUCUACAUCGAUCCCCGGAUGAGGAUUUUCAUUCAUGGUCACAAGGUGCAGACCAAAAAGCUCUCCUGCUGCCUGUACAAGCCUAGGAAGUACACAUUCACAUCAAGCCGGUUCAAGACCCGGGCAGAGCAAGAGGUGAAGAAAGCAGACCAAGUAGCACGGCUUGCUGAAGAGAAGGCCCGGGAAGCAGAGAGCAAAGUUCGUGCAUUAGAAAUGCACAUAGGUGGAGACCUCUCACGGGACUCCAGGGUGAUGCUGCGGCAUGUCCAGAAUACAGCCAUCGCCCUGCGAAGAGAAGCUGAUGUCAAGAAGAGGAUCAAAGACGACAAGCAGCAAGCCCUCAAAGAACCCAAGGAACUGAAUUUUGUUUUUGGUGUCAACAUUGAACACCGGGACCAUGAUGGCAUGUUUAUCUACAACUGCAGCCGUCUGAUCAAGAUGUAUGAGAAAGUUGGCCCACAGUUGGAAAAAGGCAUGACCUGUGGUGGGGUUGUUGGGAUCAUUGAUGUGCCCUACUUGGUCCUGGAGCCUACACACAACAAGCAAGACUUUGCUGAUGCCAAGGAGUACCGCCACCUGCUGCAGGCGAUGGGGGAGCACCUGGUACAAUACUGGAAGGACAUAGCCAUUGCCAAGUAUGGAAUCACUAAGUUCUGGGAUGAGUUUGGCUACCUCUCUGCCAACUGGAGCCGACCCCCAUCUGAUGAGCUGCAUUUUAAACGCCGGAGGGCUAUGCAAGUCCCGGCCACCAUACAGUGUAAUUUGUGUCUGAAAUGGAGGACCCUCCCCUUCCAGUUAAGUGCAGUAGAAGAAGGUUACCCAGACAACUGGGUUUGCUCCAUGAACCCUGACCCUGAGCAGGACCAGUGUGAGGCUUUUGAACUGAAGCAGACGAUUCCCAUGGGAAUCUUAAAAAGGGUUCCAAAGACACAAGAAGAAAGGCAGAAGCAGCUGACAGAGAAAAUUCACCAACAGCAGAGGAAGCUUAAGGUCCUGAAGAAAACCAAACCCAUCUGCUCCCUAGGUGACCUGAAAAAACUACCUUUGGAAGCAACCAUGAGACCUUUCACCGCAUGUCCCACUCAGAGGGUUCACUGUCAUCAACCUCUAUGUGGAGUGAACAAGAAUACCCGAAGAAGAUCCCAGUCCAUGCAUGCUCCUCGACCAUCCAGACAGCUCCAGAGGGCUUCAAUCUUCUGCCCCAACCCAAAAUCUCCUGCUCUGGUGGCCCAAACAGAGGCCAUGCUGCUCCAGUCACCUGAGAUACCCCCACAGCUGGUGAGCCCCGUGAUAAAAACUGUACCCCAGCCCACUCUGCUCCAAUUCCUGUCAACAUCUGUAGUCCCCAAUUCCAACAAUCUUUGCAAGGUGGAAACCCCCGAAGCCAUGAAGACUCCAGUGACAGAGAAGCCAGAUUCACCCAUUAAUCCCUCAUGGGUACAGUGGAAUCUUGAGGUCUCUGAUGAUGAGGAGGCUGAGGAGAGAAGGAAGGAGUCGUGCAAACGGGCCAGGCUGUCUGUGGAUGAGGAAAAGAUUCAGGCAAACGAGCUCUCAGACAGUACCAAGGAAGAGAAUCCGACUGACCUCACGGCAGCUGAGAAAGAUAAAGGGCUGUACAUAGGGGUGUGUGUGAAGGGAGAGUGCUACAGGGGCCAUGUCACCGCCGUGGAGGUAGGCGAGGAUGCGGUGUGGUGGAAAGUCAAGUUUGAAGAUGUGCCCGGGGAUGCCACACCGAGAGACUGCUGGGUGGAAAAAGGCAGUGCAAACGUAUGGCUGAUGAAGCCAUCAGCAGAGUAUCAGAGCACUGAUUGGCAGCAAGGGCACGUGAAAGACGAGGAGGACACGGGGGACCUGCAGGCGAUGGCCUCACAGGGCUCCCCCACCUUGGACUGCUUCUGCAUUGAACCUGACACUACUGCUCUAAAGGCCAACCAUGAGACCAUUGACCUCCUGGUCCAGAUUCUCUGGAAUUGCCUACGUUAUUUUAUGCCUCUGAGCUUUUCUGUAUCCAAGAAGGAGUUGCGUGCCAUGAAUUCAGAAGAGUUGCUGUCUCUUCCUCUGAAAGAGUGCUUCAAGCAAUACGAAGCAGGGCUCCGGAAUCUCUGCAUUUCCUACCAAAGCUGUGCUGACUCUAGAGCCAGGGCCUCCGAGGAGAGCCUGCGCAUCUCCCAGAGAAAGCUCAGGGAGGCAGAGGAGAAACUCCAGAAGCUACGGACCAAUGUCCGAGCACUCCUGCAGAAAGCGCAGGAGGACAUCAACAUCAGCUCAGAUGAGGAGCUGGACGCCUACAUCGAGAAUCUCAUCACCAGUGAAGACUGAGGGACAGAUCGGCUCCUCUCCCCAGAGCAGCAGCAGCCAGAGAGGGAGGCUUCAUUCGAUUCGAUUCACCUGGGGCAGCACCUUUGGGAGGGAAAGAGACUCUGAUUCUUUGAAUCUUCCUCCCUGGAUGUAUAAACAUUUCUUUUUUAAAUA